UGCUCCUCUCUCUCUCUAGCUGAGCAUCCACAGAAGUUGACCAGCGGUGUGGUGCUCCUAUUAUAUAAUACCCUCCUUUCUUUGCGCUCCUACUCCUUAAUUUCUCUAGACCUGCAAUUGCAGCAAGGACUGGUUCUUGAGAGCUGCGGUGGCCAUGAAUUCGCUGAGCAUGGUGGAGGCGAGGCUGCCUCCGGGGUUCAGGUUCCAUCCGCGCGACGACGAGCUUGUGCUGGACUACCUGGCCAAGAAGCUCGGCGGCGGCAGAGGCGGAGGCGCGGUGGUGAGCAUCUAUGGCUGCCCGACGAUGGUCGACGUCGAUCUGAACAAGUGCGAGCCCUGGGACCUUCCUGAUAUUGCGUGCAUUGGUGGAAAAGAGUGGUACUUCUACAGCCUUAGGGAUAGAAAGUAUGCCACCGGACAGCGAACAAAUAGAGCGACUGAAUCAGGCUAUUGGAAGGCCACCGGGAAAGACCGUACAAUAAGCCGGAAAGGGUUACUCGUUGGUAUGCGCAAAACCCUUGUGUUUUACAAAGGUAGAGCCCCAAAGGGAAACAAGACUGAGUGGGUUAUGCAUGAAUUCCGCAUGGAAGGACAAGGUGAUCCCAUGAAGUUACCUUUCAAGGAGGACUGGGUCUUGUGUAGGGUUUUCUACAAGAGUAGGGCAACAAUUACCAAGCCACCCACAGAGAGUAGCAGCUACGAUAUUGACACAGCCACAACUUCUUUGCCUCCCCUAAUCGACAAUUACAAUAUUUCCUUUGAUCAGCCUGGUUCAGUGCAAAACCUAGAGGGUUAUGAGCAAGUGCCCUGCUUCUCCAAUAAUCCCUCUCAGCCAUCGUCAUCGAUGAACGCUCCUCCGCUGUCGUCAGCCAUGGUUGAUCAGGAGCAACAUAUGGGGAAGUCAAUCAAGGAUGUGCUGAUGAGCCAGUUCAGCAGGUUCGAAGGCAACGUGAAGAGGGAGGCACCUCAAAGUAAUUAUUUUUCUCAAGAUGGAUUUGAGUAUUUAGCUGAGAGUGGAUUCACACAGAUGUGGAACUCGUUCAGUUAAUGAUUUUCCAGGAAGAUUAUUGCAAAGGAGGAUAAUAUGGAGUAAAGAGGAUUUGGGUGUGUGUGCCUGUGUGCUAUUGCAUGUAGCUGUAGUACAUAUAGUACUACCAUUUCAGUUCACAAUUGUCAAAAAGAAAGGGAGAUGAUCAAAAAAGAUGAAGACACACACACAUAUGUAUAUAUGGCAUCAAUGAUGUAAAUAUAUUAUUUGUGUACUAUGGACAAGAUGAAAACAAUCAGUGCCUGAUGCUAGAACCACAUAUAUAUAGUAGGGAGAAUAGAAUUUUCUUA